GAAAAAGGAAGCAAUAGUGAAGAAGAGGUUAGAGAGAGAGAGAGAAAGAACCCCCCCCAGCCCAGCGAGGUGGAGGAAGAUGAAGAUGAAUGCUGUGCUUAUUACGGAGAUGCGAGCCAGAAACUUCUCCGUACUCUUCCUUUUCCUAAUUUUCAUUCUCAUCGUCAUCUAAAUUCCCAUACCCAUUUUUUCCCUUCCCACGUAGUACCCAUCGUUAUCAACUGUUUAACCUUUACUGUUCUUCUGAUUUUUUAUUUCAAUUUACUCUAUUAUUUGGUCCAUCGGCGUACUACUGUUUGAUCAGAUUGAUGAGGUUUUUGGAGAUUCUGAUCUGGAUUCCAGUUUAGGGUUUGAGCUUUAUGAUCUCAGCUGGGUUUGUUGGGGCUUGAUUCGAUUCAGAUAUUCAUAUCUCCACUCUUCCUCUUCAUAAUCUUGUUGUUGUUGUUGUUGUAUAUACAGAAAAGAAUUGUAGAGGAUAUAACUUCGAAGAGACCCACUGUUUUUAUUGUGGGAAUUUCGCUAGUCAUAUAGAUUGUAUAUCGCCGGUCUAUGGGAAUACCCAAUAGUUCGUUGCCGGAUUUGAUUGGGAAGGUUAAGUCUUGGAUUUCUUGGGGAACUGGUGAUCCAAACUAUUUUACUGGAUCACUUGAAAUGGGUUCUAACAGUAAAUCACGUGAGUGCAAGAUCCAUCCUUCUGGCUCUCCCAAACAGGGCCUAGAACCGCCAUCACCUUGUUAUAGUAGUGAUGUAUUUGAUGUGUAUUCCCCGGAUGCUGCAAGGAUUAGUUUUGCAUCUUUUUCAAGCAACCUGUCUUCAGCGUCUGUUCGUUGCUCACCAAGCAGGAGCGAUGAUGAAGGGGAAGAUGGCACAAAUGAAAUUUUAUGGCCAUCUGGUGACUGCCGCCACGACCACGAUACUUCUUCUUCCGAUAUAGAUUCAAGUAGUAUUAGUUCUAGACAUGGACCUCACAAUAUUAAGUCGGUUGGAUCAUGUCCUAUUGAUAGCCCCUCCUCUAGCAUCUCUUUUACUUCUGAUAGAGUUGGGCAUUCUGUACAGAAAGAACAAAUGGGGUCCUCGGGAUCUCCCAAAGACAUUUUAUUUGACCAAGAAACCUCAAAUAGCUCUGAUAAUAGUUUGCCUCUCUCUCAAAGCCAGUCAGAAAAUGGAGUCAUAUGGUUUCCUCCUCCUCCCAAUGGAGAAAUCGAUGAAACGGAACACAAUUUCUUUACAUAUGACGAUGAUGAUGAUGAACAAAUUGGAGAAUCGUCUGGUGACAUGUUUUUGUUGAAGGAGAAACAGAACGGAGGUCAAAAGGAGGCUAUAAGAGAUGUGGUUCAGGGCCACUUUAGGGCUCUUGUGUCACAGUUACUGCAAGCAGAAGGAAUAAUGGGAGGGAAACAAGGUAGCGGUGAGGAGUGGCUCGAUGUAGUUACCACCGUAGCUUGGCAAGCUGCAAGCUUUGUGAAGCCAGAUACUAGUAGGGGUGGUAGCAUGGAUCCUGGUAACUAUGUAAAGGUUAAAUGUGUAGCUUCUGGAAAGCCUUGUGACAGCACAUUUAUCAAGGGGAUAGUUUGUACAAAGAAUAUCAAACACAAGCGCAUGACAUCUCACUAUGAAAAUGUGCGGUUGCUUCUUUUAGGAGGGGCACUAGAGUACCAAAGAAAUCCCAACCAACUGGCUUCUUUUGACAACUUACUUCAACAGGAAAAAGAUCACAUGAAGACAAUUGUUUCAAAAAUUGAGGCACACCAUCCAAAUGUGGUCCUUGUGGAGAAAAGUGUGUCUUCAUAUGCCCAGGAGCUUCUACUGGCGAAAGAGAUGUCUUUGGUGCUCAAUGUUAAGAGGUCAUUACUGGAGAGGAUUGCUCGGUGCACUGGUGCUUAUAUAACUCCAUCAAUUGAUAGCAUAGCAACGGCAAGAUUGGGACAUUGUGAACUCUUUCGCGUUGAGAAAGUCUGUGAGGAGCAUGAAAAGUCCAAUGAUCAAUCUAACAAGAAAUCUCUCAGAACCUUGAUGUUUUUUGAUGGCUGUAUCAGGCGUUUAGGUUGCACGGUUUUGCUUAAGGGAUGUUGUCGUGAAAACCUAAAGAAAGUGAAGAAGGUUGUUCAAUAUGCAGUAUUUGCUGCAUAUCAUCUAUCCUUGGAAACAUCUUUCCUUACCGAUGAGGGUGCUAGUCUCCCUAAAAUGGCCCCGCAGAAAUCUGCCGAUGGCGAAUCUUGCCAUCUCUCCUUGGAGUUCGAAGAUGGAAUGAGCAAUAUUUUUCCUCGGAACAUAGCAUCAUCUGCAUCCACUGAUGAUCUAUUGUAUGCCCAGGAGGAUACUGAAGUUUUGAAAAGUCCAACCAUUGGAAGAGUUGAUGGGAUUGCAGAUCCUAUUGCUGAUUGCUAUUCAGCCGGGGAAAAUCAUCAAAGCAUAUUAGUGUCCUUCUCAAGCCGUUGUGUGCUGAAUGAUACUCUAUGUGAACGCCCUCGUCUUCUACGCAUACAGUUUUAUGGUUUUUUUGAUAAGCCUCUUGGCCGCUAUCUUCAAGACGAGCUGUUUGGUCAGGCAUCUUGCCAGUCAUGCAAGGAGCCAAUGGAGGCCCAUGUCAUUUGUUACAUUCACCAGCAUGGGAACCUUACAAUUAACAUUAGGCGCAUUCCAUCGCCUAAGCUUCCUGGCGAACAAGACAAAAAGAUAUGGAUGUGGCAUCGGUGCCUCAAGUGUGCACAAGUAGAGGGGGUUGCGCCAGCAACUCGUAGGGUACUUAUGUCUGAUGCUGCUUGGGGCCUCUCAUUUGGAAAGUUUUUGGAGCUUAGUUUUUCCAAUCACGACACUGCCAACCGUGUGGCAAGUUGUGGCCAUUCUCUACAAAGAGACUGCCUCCGUUAUUAUGGAUCAGGGAGUAUGGUAGCAAUUUUCCGCUAUUCUCCAAUUAAUAUUCUCUCAGUUUGUCUGCCUCCUCCAAUUCUUGAAUUUGGUAACAAAGCAGAGCAGGUUUGGACACAGAAAGAAGCUGCCGAGCUUUUGAGCAAAGCCAAGUCUUUGUAUGCUGAGAUAACAAGUUCUUUUCAUGGGAUUGAGGAGAAAAGUGAACCUUACGAUAAGAGUGAACUGCAUAGCUACAUAAUGGAUUUGAAAGACCUCUUGAUGAAAGAAAAGGAUGAUUGCAAUGAUAUACUGCAACUUAGUGAUGAAGGGAUUUCAUAUAAAGGGUGGGAAGCAAGGGACAUACUUGAAAUUAAUCGCGUCAGGCAUUCUCUCAUAAUUGCUUCCCGUGUUUGGGAUCGUCGGCUUUAUUCAAUCCAUUCUCUACUCAAUAAGAUCUCUGGCUCAUCAACACCCGGUCUUUUCCCUUCCACUGACCAUUGGGAAGAGUUCAGAAGUGACUUGAAAUUCAAGCAUGGCAUCGUUCAACAAGUUCCUGAUUGUCCUGACCACUGGGAAGAAGAUUCUGUGCUGACCUGGGUUGAAGGUGAAAGAAGUCGAGAAGAUUCCAUGCUGACCUCACUUUCAGCAAUCCUCUCUGAUAAGAUAGAUUCUGCUUGGACCGGUAUUGAUCAAUCUCCCCCGGAGCAAGAUUUACCAGAAACAGCUCUUUCUGGUCAAAUAACUCAAUUCGAGCAUUCUCCUGUUAGAAAGCUAAGGUCACCUGCAAGAUUUCAUUCCUUUGACUCGGCGAUGAGGCUUCAGGACAGAUUUAAGAAAGGGCUUCCACCUUCGUCAUUGUACUUGACAGCACAAAGAUCUUUUCACGCUUCUGGUGACUUCCGUAAUAUGAUCAGAGACCCUUCUUCCACAGUUCAGAGGGCUUCUUGCUCUUCGCAAAUAUUAUUACCCGGUGAGGCUCACAUGUUAAACCUUUUACCAAGUUCACCAACUGCUUUUAUCUCUCACAAAUCCCUUCUUCCCGAAGGAGUGAGGUUGAUGGUCCCACCACAGAAGGGACAGAAUGGUGUUGUUAUAGCUGUAUACGAAGAUGAGCCGGGUAGCAUAAUAUCAUAUGCACUUUGUUCAAAGCAGUAUAAGGACUGCAGUUUCAGUGACAAAUAUGCUAAUAAGGAAAACCCUUCAGUUUCCAAGUUUUCAACUUGGCAGCCUUUUGCCCCUCUGGACUUGGACUACAUCUAUGGUUCAAAAGAUCUCAAAAGUGCUCCUCAUCUUAGGUUAUCUUUCAGUGAUGAAUCUUCAAAUGCUGUGAAGUUCUCUGUGAUGUGUUACUUUGCUAGACAAUUUGAUGACCUUAGAAAGAAAUGCUGUCCUAAUGAAAUGGACUUCAUACGUUCUUUGAGCCGGUCUGUGAGAUGGAGUGCUCAGGGAGGGAAGAGCAAUGUUUAUUUUGCAAAGUCGUUUGAUGAACGCUUCAUAAUAAAACAGAUUCAGAAGACAGAGUUAGAUUCUUUCGAAGAGUUUGGUCCCGAGUACUUCAAAUAUUUGACACACUCUCUUAGCUCAGGAAGUCCUACUUGCCUUGCAAAAGUUCUUGGUAUAUUUCAGGUCUCUGUGAAGUACUUGAAAGGAGGGAAGGAUACAAAAAUGGAUUUGAUUGUCAUGGAGAAUCUAUUUUAUGGAAGAAAUAUUUGUAGGGUUUAUGAUCUCAAGGGCUCUGUACGAUCCCGUUAUAAUUCAGAUACAAGUACCAACAAAGUCCUGUUAGAUUUGAAUCUUUUACAGACAUUGCAGACUAAUCCUAUAUUUCUUGGAAGCAAGGCUAAAAAAUGCUUGGAGAGGGCUGUUUGGAAUGAUACUUCGUUUUUAGCGUCUGUUGAUGUGAUGGACUACUCUCUGUUGGUCGGGGUGGACGAAGAGCGUAAAGAGCUGGUGUUGGGGAUCAUAGAUUUCAUGAGACAGUACACUUGGGACAAGCACUUGGAGACUUGGGUGAAGGCUUCGGGCAUACUUGGUGGGCCCAAGAACGCAUCUCCCACCGUCGUCUCUCCAAAACAGUACAAGAAAAGAUUCAGAAAGGCAAUGACGGCAUAUUUUCUCACCGUCCCCGAACAAUGGUCGUCCUCUUGACAGGUCAUCUCUAUUUGGUCUUAUGUCAUCAAUCUUGAGGCCACCUUGUUUGUAAAAUAGGGGCCAAAAUAUUUGUGUGCCCUUUGUACAUUGUUAAAGAUUCAUGCUUGAAAACAAGCCCCCCUCCUUUAAAUGCUUUUGUUUUGGAGGGUCUUUUAAAAGUAUUUUAGGGUUGUGUGGAUACAUGCAACUACUACCACGGUGAUUGUAGAUGGGGGGAAUGCCCCAGUCAAAUUGGCACACAUUUUCUGUUUAUAAUUUCUUUUUGCCAGCUCAAAUAUGUUACGGAGCACCUCUCAGCUUAUUAUAU